AUAUCGUUUUUUAUUAAUUAAUUUAAUUUGCUCCUCCUUUUUGUAGUAAAAUUAUUACUAUUUUUUUUUUGUUGUUGCUUUUGGCCUUUUUGUUAAACAAAUAAUUAAGUAAUUAAUUAGUGUAUCCCUAAAACCACAAAUCCAGUGCCUAAUUAGUUUAAUUUACAAGUGCCCAUAGAAGGUUAUUAGAUGAUUUUUGAUCUCAUUAAUCAGGAUAAUGAUGUACCAUACAAAUAUAAUGUAAACACAGCAUGAUCGAAAGCGUUUCGAAACGAGCAUUCGGUGGUUCCAGUGGUUCGUAUAAUGUGCAAGCCUUAGAACUGGCCGCUGCAAGGGAACGAAAGCUGAAAGGCUUGAGCAUAGUUGUUAGAUUUUUGGACGACACAGAUCACACGUUUUACAUAGAAAAACGUGCAAAAGGCUCAAAUUUACUCGACCAAGUCUACAAUCACCUUGAACUAGUCGAAAAAGACUAUUUCGGCCUACAAUACCCUCAAAAUGGUUGCACUAAUCGGAACUCAGAAUGUAUAUUAUGGCUUGAUCCGUCCAAAUCGAUUAAAAAACAAUUAGGAACAAACUGCCAACACCCUUUAUACUUCAGGGUAAAAUUCUACGUAUCAGACCCUAGUAAAUUGCAUGAAGAAUAUACACGUUAUCAAUUCUACUUACAAAUAAGGAGCGACAUUUUACAAGAAAGGCUUAUAUUACCUCAAUCCACUGCCAUAUUAUUAGCUAGUUACAUAGUCCAAUCUGAAAUAGGCGAUUACAAUUCAGAGGAACACAAAUCAGAUUAUUUAUCACAUUUGAAUUUGAUCCCCAAUCAAACUGAAGAAAUGGAAAGGAAAAUUGCAGAGUUGCACAAGUUGCACAAAGACCAAUCGCCUGCGGAUGCAGAGUUCAAUUUUUUAGACCAUGCAAAAAGACUAGACAUGUAUGGAGUAGAGCUACAUAAAGCAAAAGACAAUACAAACAAAAAUAUACAACUAGGUGUAACCCAUAUUGGUUUGGUUGUUUUUCAUAAUAAUUUGAAAAUAAACACAUUUAGUUGGUCGAAAAUAAUGAAAAUUUCUUUUAAAAGGAAACAGUUUUUUAUACAAUUGAGGAGAGAGCCUUCUGAAGACUAUGAUACUUUGUUGGGAUUUAAUAUGGAAAAUUAUAGAUCAUCAAAAACUUUAUGGAAAGCUUGCGUUGAACAUCAUACAUUUUUCAGAUUAGAUUCACCCAAAAUCAAAAGAAAGUUUUUGUCUUUGGGUUCUAAAUUCACUUAUUCAGGUCGUACCGAAUUUCAAACAGUAUCAGAUGUUAAGCGUAAAGGGAUUUUGGAAAGGAAAUUUGUUAGGUCUCCUAGUAAGGUUUUGAUAAAAGAUAAAAUGCCACUUACGCCACCGCCUUUAGAGGAUAAAGGGAAAGUGUCUGUUGCCCCACCAAGACCUUCUCGGCCUUAUGAUACUCAUAAGGUUACUACUACUUGUACUAAGGAACCGAAACAGGCUUGGACUGAAGAUAUUCGAAUAUCUGAUGAUGAUGGUGGUUUUCUUGAAAGAACCCUAGAAGGCCCAUUUUCCCCCGGCAUAGCUGGCCGUGUAAUGAGCUACGCAGACGAAGAAAUACCCUCGCCAGUAUCAAACGGAGUCUACGACACACCCCCUUACAGUGUCAGCCAAUCGCCAACGUCUCAGAUUGUAGACGAAAAUCUCACUACUAUCACUUUGUAUCCGGACCAAGAUGGAAAAUAUGGUUUCAAUGUGAAAGGUGGUACCGAAAUUAGUGUUCCAAUAUUAGUAUCCAGAGUAGCACCGAACACUCCAGCCGACAAAUGCGUACCAAGAUUAUCCGAAGGCGAUCAAAUCCUUCAAAUCAACGGGCACGACAUAACUCAGGCCCUUCAGCCUGAAGUUGUCGCUCUGGUACAAGAAGCCAGAGCUACUGAAUCAGGCAAAUUGGUUCUAAGUGUCAGGCCUAACGUUUUAUACCAAGAUGAGGAGUUUGAAGAACCGCCUUAUCAAUAUGUACCAGCGAAUGAUGUUGGUACCCCUACUGUGGGUAGUUUGCUUGAACAAAGCAUGUAUUUAUUGGCCGAUGGCUUGGCUAGUGGGGCUUUAAUCGCCCGCUAUGAAACUUUAUACCGAAAACAUCCAGAUUUGACUUGUAAUGAAGCAAGCAAAACAACCAAUGUCAAUAAGAACCGAUACAGAGACAUUUCACCAUAUGAUCAAACGAGGGUAGUCUUGAAAAAUGCCCCAAACGGCGACUACAUUAAUGCAAACUUCGUUGACAUGAAAAUCCCCAGCACUGAAAUAACAAACAAAUACAUUGCCACCCAAGGCCCUUUACAAUCAACCACUGAAGACUUUUGGCAAAUGGUCCUUGAACAAGAAUCCAACCUAAUAGUAAUGCUCACUACAGUUAUAGAAAGAGGCCGUGCCAAGUGCCACAAAUAUUGGCCAGGAGCAGGCGAAGUGCUCACAAUGCAAAACGCCAUAGUAAAGUGCACCCGAGAACAAACCGAUCCAAGCAAUAAUUUCAUUUUUAGAGACUUUGUCUUAAUCGAUGUCAAAAACGAUAAUGAAUCAAGAGAAAUCAAACACAUGCAAUAUAUUGCUUGGCCUGAUCACGGAGUGCCAGAUUCACCUCAGCAAUUUUUGAAAUUCACCCAAGAUGUGCGUCUAAAUAGAACCACAAAUAAGCCAGUUAUAGUGCAUUGUAGUGCUGGAAUUGGACGUACUGGUGUUUUGGUGCUCAUGGAGACUGCUUUAUGUUUGAUGGAAGCUGAAGAGCCUAUUUAUCCUUUGGAGAUUGUUAAGACUAUGAGAGAGCAAAGAGCCAUGAUGAUACAAAAUGCUAGUCAAUACAGGUUUGUGUGCGAAAGCGUUUAUGCUGCUUAUACGAAAAGUAGCUCAGAAGCUAAAUAAUUAGAAUUGUGAUAAAAGAACAAUUUAUAGUUUACAGUAUUUAAUUUAUUUUAAUUCCCAUUAUGGAAAUAUUGCGUUUUGUUUCAAAGAAAGGUGUUUUGUAGCUGUGGUGUGCUAGAAUGUAAUUUUAGUGUGUGCAAUAGCUAAAUGUAUAUCUCAUAUUUUGUAUUUUUUAUAACACCUAAAGGAUUGUUGUACUUUUUAGACGAAAUAAAAAAGCCUUGUAUGAAAGAUUGUUUUGCUUUAUCCUCAAUAACCACAAUUUCCC